CGAAACACAAAGGAAGCGUAGCUGACUAGCUAGCUUCCUGCCCUCUUCUGUGCUGCACGCCAUGGCGAUGCUGAAGAAGAACACGAACGCCCUGAUGUGCUGCAGCUUCGGGGCCGCCCUCAUGGUGGUCAUGGCUACCACCCUCCUCAGCUCCUCAUGCGAUGCCCACAAAGAGAUGGGUGAUCUUGCUGCUUCUUUUGUGCCGGCGUCGUGCUACUCCAACUACUUCCCACACUGCACCGACCACCGGUGCAAGAAGUUCUGCGGCGGCGCCCGCGAGCCGCCUGUGCCCGGAGCCUUCUGCAACGACAGAAGCAACUGCUGCUGCCCUAUUAGUUGAGCUCCGCAGAAACGAUUCAAGAUGCCAAUAAGCAUAAAUAAUUUUGAUGCUAAGAAAUAUAUUUGUGGAUGCUUUCAUGGAACGUUGGCCUGGCUCAGCAAGACGUUUUCUAGUCUUUUGUAAGCCGGCUUUGGGUAAAUUGUUUGUCUUCGACUGCUCAUAGUGGGAGUAAUUUCAGGAGUAACACAUAAGGUCAAACUCAGCAAAUUUGCUUAUGUGACAAUGGUUUAAUGAGGAGAGAUGAUUUGAGUAACAUAGCUAGUUAUACACACUACGAGUAACAUCACACAUACUAAGAUAAGAUGAGUCUACAAGUUAAUAAAUGAAGUGUUGUAUGACAUCACAUAGUAUAUAUUACUCCGUGGGUAGUCUUCAACAUAAAAUGUGAUUUAUAUUAAUUAA